CUAGAAGAUCUGACGAGUGGGACAAGGACUGUGAAUAAGAACUCGCUGCAGAGCAGACUGCAUAACGACGGCCGGCUCACCUCGUCUGAAAGCCGGCAGGCUCCAGUGUCGCAGCUGAUGACUGUCCCUCAGCUGGUGGGACUACAGGGCUGAGUGGGAAGCCUGUGCUGUUGCUGAGGGGGUGCCCCGGCUUGUAUGUUGGUCACUUGCAGUCGCACUCACUCACAAGGACCAUGUGGUUUUCUCCAAGGAGAAGUCUUCGCCCCUCGCAGAACUGGAACGGUGCCCACAGUUGCACCCAUUUCAGCGUGUCCUUGUGGGUAUUAAGUUUUUGUUGGUGCUUUGCGGCCGUGAGAGGACAGAACUACCACCCCACUGUGAACACGCAGUAUGGGAAACUACGAGGGGUGAGGGUGCCGCUGCCUAGUGAGAUUCUAGGGCCCGUGGACCAGUACCUAGGGGUUCCGUAUGCCGCUUCCCCAGUGGGAGAAAAACGCUUCAUGCCCCCUGAGCCUCCUUCUUCCUGGUCAGGGAUCAAGAACGCCACCCACUUCGCUCCUGUCUGCCCCCAAAAUAUUCACAAUGCUGUGCCAGAGAUCAUGAUGCCGAUAUGGUUCACCUUCAACCUGGAUAUAGUUACCACAUACAUACAGGAUCAACACGAGGAUUGCCUUUAUUUAAACAUCUAUGUUCCAACCGAGGAUGGUGAUCAAGAGAAGAAAAUAGGCGGACGGCAAUGUGAAUGUGUUAAUGACGCUCUUGCAGACAUACGAGACACCGGUGCCAAGCCCGUGAUGGUCUACAUCCACGGAGGAUCCUACAUGGAGGGGACGGGCAACAUGAUCGAUGGGAGCGUCCUGGCCAGCUACGGAAAUGUCAUCGUUAUCACUCUCAACUACCGCGUGGGCGUCCUCGGCUUCCUCAGUACUGGUGACCAGGCUGCUAAAGGGAACUACGGGCUCCUCGACCAGAUCCAGGCGCUGAGGUGGAUCAGCGAGAACAUCGGCUUCUUCGGCGGCGACUCCAACCGCAUCACUGUGUUCGGUUCUGGGAUCGGAGCCUCCUGCGUCAGCCUGCUCACCCUCUCCCAUCACUCCGAAGGUCUGUUCCACAGGGCCAUCAUUCAGAGCGGGUCAGCCCUCUCCAGCUGGGCGGUGAACUAUCAGCCGGUCAAGUACACGCGUCUCCUGUCGGAGAAGGUGGGCUGCAACGUCCUGGAUACCUUAGACAUGGUGGACUGUCUGAGGAAGAAGAGCUCCAGGGAGCUGGUGGAGCAGGAUAUACAACCAGCGAGGUACCACGUGGCCUUUGGACCGGUAAUCGACGGUGACGUUAUCCCGGAUGACCCCGAGAUCCUGAUGGAGCAGGGCGAGUUCCUGAACUACGACAUCAUGCUGGGGGUGAACCAGGGCGAAGGGCUGCGCUUCGUGGAGAACGUGGUGGACUCGGAGGACGGCGUGUCCGGGAACGACUUUGAUUUCUCCAUCUCAGACUUUGUGGACAGUCUGUACGGGUACCCAGAGGGCAAGGACACGCUGAGGGAGACCAUUAAGUUCAUGUACACGGACUGGGCCGACAGGGACAAUCCAGAGACCAGGCGCAAGACACUGGUGGCUCUCUUCACCGAUCACCAGUGGGUAGAGCCGUCGGUGGUGACGGCUGACCUCCACGCUCGCUACGGCUCUCCCACCUACUUCUACGCCUUCUACCACCACUGCCAGAGCCUGAUGAAGCCUGCCUGGUCGGACGCCGCCCACGGGGACGAGGUGCCCUAUGUCUUUGGAAUUCCUAUGAUUGGCCCCACUGACCUUUUCCCCUGUAACUUUUCAAAGAACGAUGUCAUGCUCAGUGCUGUGGUGAUGACCUACUGGACCAACUUUGCCAAGACUGGGGAUCCCAACAAACCGGUUCCCCAGGACACCAAGUUCAUCCACACCAAGGCCAACCGCUUCGAGGAGGUGGCCUGGUCCAAGUACAACCCCCAGGACCAGCUGUACCUGCAUAUCGGCCUGAAGCCACGUGUGCGCGACCACUACCGUGCCACCAAAGUGGCCUUCUGGAAACACCUAGUGCCCCAUCUGUACAACCUCCACGACAUGUUCCACUACACCUCCACCACCACCAAAGUGCCCCCGCCAGAGACCACGCAGAACAACCUGUCCACCAAGAGACCCAACGGGAAGACCUCCUGGCCAUUCAACACCAAGCGGCCUCCCAUGUCCCCGGCCUACAACAGUGAGGACAAAGACGCAUGGAACGACGAUGAGGAGACGGGGCCGCUGGUGGUGGAGAAUCCCCGGGAUUAUUCCACAGAGCUCAGCGUCACCAUCGCCGUCGGAGCCUCGCUGCUGUUCCUCAACGUGCUGGCCUUCGCCGCCCUCUACUACCGCAAGGACAAGCGGCGGCAGGACUCCGGCCAUGGGCAGCCCAGCCCACAGCGCCAGACCACCUCCAACGACAUUGGCCACCACGCGCCCGAGGAAGAGAUCAUGUCGCUGCAGAUGAACCAGACGCACCACGAGUGCGAGGCGGGGAACAGCAACGAGGGGGCCCUCCGCUUGGCCUCGCUGCCCGACUACACGCUCACUCUGCGGCGCUCUCCAGACGACAUCCCCCUCAUGACCCCCAACACUAUCACCAUGAUCCCCAAUUCCCUGGUGGGCAUGCCCAAUCUGCACCCCUACAACACCUUCACAACCGGCUUCAACUCCACCGGCCUGCCGCACUCCCACUCAACCACCCGUGUAUAGCUUUAGGAGGCCCGGGACAGCCGGCG